GAUCCUCCAGGCACUAGGUAGGUCAGAUUGAUUACUCUGGCCAAUGAUCUAGAAUUCAACCAUAAAGAGUCAUUAUCCUGUAUAAAUCGCAUGAAAGUUAAGUAACUAACGAACUUUAUUCCUAUCAAGUACGCAUCGAAGAGAUUUUGCUUGUCCAACGCAGCCCAUCACGAUUUCUCAGCACCGAACAUGGCGUUAACAGAAACUGGCCAGCGGAGGUUUGACUCAAUCAUCAUUACUAGUGCCAUCGCCGGAGUCGCUGUCAUCCUUCGUUUCUGGUGUAAAUUCCAGCUACGAAGUGGUUUCCAUGCCGACGACUGGUGGAUUUUGUUCUGCUUGAUAGCGUGGUAUGGCACAAUGUCAUCUUUACUAUGGGGAAUCUUUGCCGGUACUGGAGGUAGAGAUGUCCCUGAGGUCGCUGCUGAUUUGAAGACGUCACCAUCUCCCGCCAAAGUGUUGGCGUUACAAAACUUCCUCGAGUCUUUAUAUAUCUCCGUAACCCUUUCCUUUUUUGUCCUCUACACAGCCAAGAUUUCUAUAUGCCUACUGUAUCGGCGUAUAUUUUCUGUUCACAAAUUCCGCCUGAUGGCCAGCAUCUUGAUCGGAAUAGCGACCGCUUGGAUUAUCGCCACGGAGGUCGCAAAUCUAGUCCACUGUAUCCCGAUCGACAGCUUUUGGCAUCGCGAAAAGGGCGUCAAGUGUCUCAAUUUCAAUCUCAUUUUUUUGACUGUGGGAAUCUUCGAGACUAUCAUCGAUGCCACGAUACUAGCCUUACCGAUAUGGGCCAUCUCCACCAUCCAAAUGCGCCUGAAGACUAAAUUCUUCGUAGGAGGAAUUUUUUGUCUUGGUGGAUUCUCAAUUAUCACUAAUAUCCUUCGCGUCUAUUAUACAUAUCAGCCAGGUAACGAGUUUGUUGCGGUAGCCGACUCCGAAUUUUGGACCAAUAUACACGCCGCUGUGACGAUACUCUGCGCAUGUCUACCUGUGUACAAGCCGCUCAGAGUUAAGGGAGGCCUUCUCCUAAGCAAGGUCAAUACGUCUCUGAUACACCUUGUACGCAGCUACGCGACCAAACAGAGGAACAGCGAAGAGUCUCAGGCCAUUUCCAAUGUUGAUAUUCGCAUGGAAGGCUUGGGCUAUGACAAAAACUCAAAUAAUCGGUCCCAGCAAAGCCGCCAGGGAGGGGAUUCAGUCAAGGACCUCAUUGUACGACCUAUGGACGGCGUCCACGUUGUUGCAAUCAGCCAUGAUGAAUUCUCAUCUGAUUCUCUCCAUGUUCCCUCCGGUUCUAUUGGGUAUGAGAGGAAGGUUGACAUCGUUUGAGACGACGUAACUGCAACAUACGCCGUCAACAAUUCCUUCUGUCCCCCUUUGAUACGAAUCACUGAGAGAGAGGGCUUUGAAUUGACUAUACUCGAUCUGUACUUAACGUUAGUGAAUGGUUGGAUGGCAUAGCGAUGGAAUAUCUCAACACCUACGCAGGAUGGAUGUACCUAGGGAGUAAGAAAAUGUAAUUUAUUUAAUUCAAGUUGAAGAAAUCCAAGGAUUUACA